UCUAGGAGAAUUGAACACAGAAGAAGUCUGCCAGUGGUUCAGCAGUAUUGGCCUUUCGAAAAGCAUCCAGUUCAUCAGAGAGGCAGAGCUGUGUGGGGCUGAUAUAGCCUCCAUAGACCUCACCACCCUCGAUGUCCUUCACAUCUCCAGCCUGCAGGAGAGAGAGCAGCUUUUGUCAGCCGUCUACAGAGAACUGCACCCACCAUCCACGACCUCACAGAGACUGGACUUACUACUGGAAACCUUGGAUCCUAACGACGUAGAGAAAUUCACAGCAGCAUUAGUGAAUAUGAGCAAAUCAAAGUCCUCUCUGCAAAAAAGCUGCCUCAACAUGAAUCCGAUGAAUUCCUUCAAGUUCAGCCCGAUGGUCCAGAGGAACUCUCAGCUGAUGGAGAUCACCAUAAAUGGUUCUUCAGAGGAGCUGAUACCAGAACAACAUGUAUCUGAUCUGGUGAUCUCCGAGAACCAUCAACUAGAGCUGCAGCUGUGCAAAAAAUCUAAAAGUGUAAGCAAGGCCCCAACCCCUGGUGUUAAUGGUUACCAUGACAACGGACAUGUCAGUCAGAAUCGCCAGAUACAGCCGAUACAGGUGGUCAGCUUGCCAGGUAAAGAGGAAAAGAUCCGGGAGCUCAACCAACAGGACUCUCUACAAAACCUUAUCCUACAGGUGCAGGAGAUCCACCACGGCCUGGUAGCAUUCUGUUCGGACCUGAAGAGCAUGGGUGUAGAGGUGGACACGUCAGGGCUGAGCUUCCCUGAGCUGGAGCAGCGCCUGGGGCUGGCUAUGAGACUGCUCAAGGACAAGAGACACAGUCUAGAGAGCCUCAGAGAGACCAUAGGAGAUGCAGGCGUUCAAAGGAACAAGCCAUCAGAGGUUUGUCUUCUGGAUAAGAUGAAGUUGAACUGUCAGGUGUUUAAAGAAGAGAUCUCCCUGGUUUACCUCAACAGACAGGUGUCACGUCUACAGACAGCACUACAAGACAGUCUAGAAAAGGCUUGUGGAGGUGAAUGGGGUACCGGUGAACGAUGAUGGGGUACAGUGAAGAGGAGCUGAGCCCCCUACGCCGCCAAAGGACCAAGUGCUCAGAUAAUCAUCCUGAUGAGACCUCCUCCUCCUCCC